UAACCAACAAAAGCUUUUCACUUAAACAGCUGAUUAGCUGUCAAACGCCAUUAGGAAGCUAAGCAAAGCGCGUUUUUUGAGUUUAGAAUUUGAAGAGACCGAUGUAGAAAUAACAAUUGGCCGGUAGCUAGAAGAAUAAUAAAUAAUCACUAAAUACAUUAAAUUUAAUAAUGGAAAACGCCAACAAAUUACAAAUCGUCUAUCCCGAUGAAGAGAACGGUGCGUCACAUCCACACUGCCCACAUGGACCAACACUGCUGUUCCAAACAUCCAAUCAAUUGGCGGAUAAACCAAAAUCGGCAUAUUAUGCUUGUGCAGCACAUCGGGAUAAACGCAUGUGCAGCUUUCAGUUAUUGGCGGAAGAGUUAACGCCACAAAAAUUGUCUAGACGUUAUGAGCUAGAGAGUCACAUUAAAUCGUGCAAGGAGCAGCGGGAAAAGUUAUUGGCGGUACACGACGAUGCCGGCCUGCAUUACUGCCUACACUGCAAUAUACCACUACUACGUGAUGAGCACAGAAAGCAUACCGGUCAUGAAAUGGUUUGGAAUUUAACAGCUGAAUUGCUUUGUGAUCCAACGCGUUUUCUACGCCCACUGGAUGAUGAUAAAUCGCAGGCGCAAUAUUUCUUCGAUGACAAAGCGUUGAAGUUCUUUGCAAAAUGUUUUCAGGAUUUAGUAGUAAAUAAGGUGGUCUGCAUGGGCGCUCCACGUUUGCACGCUUUUUUACGCAAUAACUAUGCCGAGAUACAAAGCUUUUUAUUGGAUUUUGAUCAUCGCAUGUUCUUUUUCUACGACGACGAUAAUUUUGCUUGGUACAAUAUGUGUAACAACCAUUUUUUCGAUACAAAGCAACAUUUAAAUUUCGAGAAGUUUUUGAAGUGUAAAUCCAAGGAUAAUCUGUUAAUAUUUACGGAUCCACCGUUUGGUUGUCGCACAGAACCCAUAGCGGGCACUUUAAGACAGCUGACGUGCACAUUCAAUAAACUGAAUAAACUACCUCAUCAACCUUUACCAAUAUUUUGGAUAUUUCCAUACUUUUCCGAGCAUUACAUACAACAAGAAAUGCCGCAUAUGCGCAUGUGCGAUUACAAAGUGAAUUACACUAAUCACAGCGCAUAUACAGAUGUGGGCGAGAAAAGUCGCAAGCUAGGUUCACCAGUGCGUGUCUUCACGAAUGUACCGCUAGAGCUUUUACAUUUGCCUGUUGAGGAGGAAUACAAAUAUUGUGCCUUGUGCCAACGUUACACAGCUUUGGAAAAUCGGCAUUGUGCUAGGUGUAGCAAUUGUCCGUCCAAGAACGGCAGCACUUAUCGGCAUUGUGAGCUUUGUGGUUUGUGCGUCAAGCCCAACUACAAGCAUUGUACAAAUUGCAGACGCUGCACGCAGACGGAAGAGCAUGAGUGUCAGAUGUAUCAAGCCAAUCAACAUUGUUGGAUCUGCUUGCAGAAAGGACACACAGAAUGGAUGUGUGUCGAAUGGCAGAAGCAUCGGAAAGACGUUGUUAAAAGAAGUGACAAGAUAAUCACGUGUCUGUUGUGUAAAAGAAAGGGACACAACGAACGCAAUUGUACGCGGCGUAGCAAGUAUCUGGAGGAGUUAACGUUUAUGGGCGUAACAACAGUUAUAUUUAAAUAAUUGUGUAGAGUAGUUUUUUCUUAUAUAUAGUAAAAGAAACGUUUAUUUUCUUAAAUACAUUAACAACGAAAAAUUACUUUAUUUAAUACCUAAGUUAAAACUUUAAUGUGUACAUACAAUAUUAAAUCGCUAUUUGUUUCUAUGUUUUUCUAAUUUAACUGAAUUGCGUGCAGCUGCAGCAUAGAAUAAAGAAUUUUUUGUUCCUUUCUACAUUAUA